GUUCUGCCUCCUUCCUUACCUGGAAAGGACCCUUUACCCCAGCGAGUGGUUGUGAAAGCUGGUAAUACGAAGAAUACUAUGCUCUUAUUGGUAAAUGCAAAUGUGCACAAAGAUACAAAAGAGCAAUCAUUGUCUGCUGGAGAG